AUGACUAUCAAGACUUUCUUCGAUAUCAACAUUGACGGUCAGCCGGCUGGCCGCAUCACCUUCAACCUGUUCGACGACGUCGUCCCCAAGACCGCUGAGAACUUCCGUGCUCUCUGCACUGGUGAGAAGGGAUUCGGCUACAAGGGUUCCAGCUUCCACCGUAUCAUCCCCCAGUUCAUGCUCCAGGGUGGUGACUUCACCAAGGGCAACGGCACUGGUGGCAAGUCCAUCUAUGGUGAGAAGUUCGCGGAUGAGAACUUCAAGCUGAGGCACGACAAGCCCGGUCUGCUCUCCAUGGCCAACGCCGGCAAGAACACCAACGGCUCCCAGUUCUUCAUCACCACCGUUGUUACGGACUGGCUUAACGGCGCUCACGUCGUCUUCGGUGAGGUCGCGGACGGCAUGAACCUUGUCAAGCAGAUCGAAAGCUACGGCAGCUCGUCCGGUACCCCCAAGAAGAAGGUUACUAUCGCCGACUGCGGUCAGCUGUAA